CGUAGCAAUGGCGUUUUUCUUUCUCCUCUCUCCAUUUGCCUCCUCCAUUAGCCAAGAAGGACAAGCAUUAAUGGAGAUUAAAGCCUCCUUCAGCAGCAUAGCAGAUGUUUUGCUUGACUGGGAUGACUUGCACAAUGAUGAUUUCUGUUCAUGGCGUGGAGUUUAUUGUGAUAAUUUAACUCUUACUGUGCUUACUCUGAAUCUGUCAAGUUUGAAUCUGGGUGGCGAGAUAUCACCUGCCAUUGGCGAUUUGAGAAACUUGCAAUCCAUUGAUUUGCAGGGAAAUAAGCUGACUGGUCAGAUUCCAGAUGAAAUUGGGAACUGCGCUGCACUUAUUUAUCUGGAUUUGUCUGAUAAUCAGCUAUAUGGUGAUAUACCCUUCUCAAUAUCAAAGCUAAAGCAGCUUGAGUUUUUGAAUUUGAAGAAUAAUCAGUUGAGCGGUCCUAUUCCUUCAACCUUAACCCAAAUUCCAAACCUGAAGACUCUUGAUCUUGCUCGCAAUAAGCUCACUGGUGAGAUACCAAGACUCCUGUAUUGGAAUGAAGUCUUGCAAUACCUAGGGUUGAGAGGAAACAUGUUGAGCGGAACUCUAUCCCCAGAUAUAUGUCAGUUGACCGGACUGUGGUAUUUUGAUGUGAGAGGCAACAACUUGACGGGCACAAUACCUGAUACCAUUGGGAACUGUACAAGUUUUCAAAUUCUGGAUAUAUCUUAUAACCAGAUUACUGGGGAGAUCCCAUAUAAUAUUGGAUUUCUGCAAGUGGCUACUUUGUCACUUCAAGGGAAUAGACUAACUGGAAGGAUUCCAGAAGUGAUCGGUUUGAUGCAAGCCCUUGCUAUUUUGGACUUGAGUGAGAAUGAACUGGUGGGGCCCAUCCCUCCUGUACUUGGCAAUUUAUCUUUCACAGGCAAGCUGUAUCUCCAUGGAAACAAGCUCACUGGUCCAAUACCUCCAGAACUUGGCAAUAUGUCUAAGCUGAGCUACCUGCAAUUGAAUGGCAAUAAACUAGUUGGCAGAAUUCCUGAGGAACUUGGAAAGCUUGAGCAUUUGUUUGAACUGAAUCUUGCAAACAAUUAUCUUGAAGGAACCAUUCCACAUAACAUAAGCUCCUGUACUGCCUUGAAUAAGUUUAAUGUGCAUGGUAAUCGCUUAAGUGGUUCUAUUCCUUUGAGCUUCCGUGGCCUUGGGAGUCUGACUUACUUAAAUCUCUCAGACAACAACUUCAAAGGGAAUAUACCUAUCGAGUUGGGUCACAUCAUAAAUCUUGAUGUGCUGGAUCUAUCUUGCAAUAAUUUUUUUGGGGAGGUUCCAGCGUCUGUUGGUUUUCUGGAACAUCUUCUGACACUUAACUUGAGCCAUAACCAUUUUACUGGUCCCUUGCCUGCUGAGUUCGGGAAUCUGAAAAGCAUCCAGAUUAUUGAUAUGUCUUUCAACAAUCUCUCUGGAAGCAUCCCUCCUGAAAUUGGGCUGCUGCAGAACCUUGUUUCUCUGAUUGUAAACAACAAUGACUUGCAUGGGAAGAUUCCUGACCAGUUAACUAACUGCUUCAGUCUCUCCUCUUUGAAUGUCUCUUUCAAUAACUUAUCUGGGACAAUUCCUCCUAUGAAGAACUUCUCACGAUUUUCUUCUGACAGCUUCAUUGGAAAUCCCUUUCUAUGCGGAAAUUGGUUGGGAUCAAUAUGCGAUCCUUACAUGCCAAAAUCCAGUGUAACUUUUUCCAGGGCUGCGAUUGUGUGCCUCACUCUUGGGAUCCUCACAUUGUUGGCCAUGGUAAUAGUUGCAAUGUAUAGAUUGAGCCAAUCAAUGCAAUUGAUGAAGAGAUCCAGAGGAACUGGGCAAGGCUCCCCUAAACUUGUUGUUCUUCAUAUGGACAUGGCCAUGCAUACCUAUGAUGAUAUAAUGAGAAGUACAGAGAAUCUAAGUGAGAAGUAUAUCAUAGGAUAUGGCGCUUCUAGUACUGUGUACAAGUGUGUUUUGAAGAAUUCUCGACCGAUUGCGAUCAAGCGACUAUACAACCAGCAUCCAAACAACAAAAGAGAGUUUGAAACAGAACUUGAAACCAUUGGCAGCAUCAGACAUAGAAACCUUGUCACCUUGCAUGGUUAUGCACUAACUCCAAAUGGAAACCUCCUUUUCUAUGACUAUAUGGAGAAUGGCUCUCUGUGGGAUCUUCUUCAUGGUCCCUCCAAGAAGAAGGUAAAACUUGACUGGGAAACGCGCUUAAGGAUUGCUGUGGGAGCUGCUGAGGGACUUGCUUAUCUCCACUAUGGCUGCAAUCCUCGAGUUAUUCAUAGGGAUAUCAAGUCUUCAAAUAUUCUACUGGAUGAGAACUUUGAGGCUCAUCUCUCUGAUUUUGGUAUUGCCAAAUGUAUCUCAACCACAAUAACUCAUGCAUCAACACAUGUUCUUGGAACAAUAGGCUAUAUUGAUCCUGAGUAUGCCCAGACAUCUCGCCUGAAUGAAAAAUCUGAUGUAUACAGCUUCGGCAUAGUUCUACUUGAGCUGCUUACCGGGAAGAAAGCAGUGCACAAUGAGUCUAACCUGCAUCAUUUGAUACUGUCCAAGACAGAUAACGACACUGUAAUGGAGGCUGUGGAUCCUGAAGUUUCUGUUACCUGCAUAAAUCAAGCCCAUGUGAAGAAAACCUUUCAGCUUGCACUGCUUUGCACAAAAAGAAAUCCAUCUGAGAGGCCUACCAUGCAUGAGGUUGCCAAGGUUUUAGUCUCGCUCCUUCCUGCACCUCCCAAUAAGACAUUUGCCUCAGCUGCAAAGACUAUUGACUACGCACGAUUUGUGAUCGAAAAGGGGCAACAAGGCCCCAAGAGGGAGCUGAUACAACCUCAACAACAGAACAAUUCUUGUGAUGCUCAAUGGUUCAUUCGCUUUGGUGAUGCUAUAUCCAAGAACACCCUCUAACUCUUUCACAGUUUAUCUGUAUCCAUGAUCCAUUCCGGAUAGAAAGGAAAGAAGCCUUUUUUGGAGUACACGUUUUGUAUUCUCUUCAGGCAGUUGACAAAUAGAUAGACCAUCAAGAGAAUAGAACUCAUAGGAAA